AUGAAAUCAGAAGUUAGGGUUGGAGUUUUCCCGAAAUUUUCUGGCGAGGAGUUUGAUAACUUUACUGCCUUAGCAGAGAAGUUGCGUGCUGAUUAUGACUUUGGUCACACCCUGAAUGCUAAACACCUUCCAAGAGGUGAAUCAUCAGUCGCUGGCCCUGUAAUUAGGUUAUUCAAGCCGUUCGAUGAACUUUUUGUUGACUCCAAGGAUUUCCAAGUGGAUACUCUAGAGAAAUUUGUUGAGGAGUCCAGUAUCCCUGUCGUUACUAUCUUUAACAAUGAUCCUAACAAUCAUCCUUUCGUUGUCAAGUUCUUCAACAGCCCCAAUGCAAAGGCAAUGUUGUUCAUCAACUUCACUGCUGAAAGUGCUGAAUCUUUCAAAUCAAAAUACCACACACCACAACCAUGGGACCACCGAGAAGAUCCUUUGCCCCAACUUCUCGAACACGAUGAACACCCUUCAGAAGAAGCCAUUCGUAUCCCAAAUUAG